AUGGAUGGGCACAUACCACUCCUAAACGACUCCAGGCGUGCUUAUGCAGAAAUCACCCAUGUUAUUUUCAAUAUUGCUAACAUAAUUGCACACAGUUGCUUUCGCCCGGUCUACGAGAAUAUCUAUCAGGAAAUUGUAAAUAAUACCCUACCUGAGGCUUUAGGGCAGCCACAGGAAGUAGUUGAAACUGCAAAAGAAUUGUUUACUGCUUUGGAUGAUAAAACACUAAAAAUUCAAAAGUUGAUAAUUGAAAUUACUAAAGCAGAAAGUAACGAUGUUGUUGCCGAUGCAUUAAUUAACAAAAUCAUAACUAAUGACCCAAAGGAAUAUAAGUUAGAGGCUGAAGUAUUAUUAGCUGCUGGUGCAUCUGCCAAAAAAUUCAAUGAAAUGAAGGACACAUUUCAUGACGUACCAACAUCAUUGGAAUCACAUAAAUACAUCAUAAGAGCUACACAGGAGCUGAAAGCACUUAUCUUAUCACUGACUUCUGCUAUUCAUCUGAUAAAACGGACUUUAUUAAAUGCUAAAAAUGUCACAUUUCACAAGAGUUUCUUCAAAGAAAAUGAAAUUUUUGAAAAAAUAAUAUUAUGCAUAUAUUGA